CGAUGACUAAACAAAUUUACAAAUGAACUGACUUUUGCAGAGUAUAUGGGGAAUGCUGCAGAAAUAAUGAAUCAAAAUUCUUCAGAAUAUGGGUCAAAAAUUGAUCAUCGCAUGAGUUUAGCUUGGGAUGAUGCCUUCUUCACAAGUCCUGGAAUUCUGGAUCCUGAAGAGUUGUUUGGGGGGCUGGAUUUUCGGAUUGUGCCUUCGGAGUCCCUGGAGAAAGAACAAGCAAAGAGUAAUCAUGAGAUUAACACUCGGAGAAGUUUAGCAUGGGAUACUGCCUUCUUUACAAGUGCUGGAGUUCUGGAUCCUGAAGAGUUGUGUAGGGUAAAUAAAGGUUUUAAGAAGUCUGAUAUACAGCUAAUUCCUGAAGUUGAAGAAAAUAUUUGGAGUCCUGCUGAAUCUAACUCGUUGAUAAAUAGAGAUUUUUCAUCACUAGCAAGCCUGGAGAUUGACUUGUUUGAUGAUUCAAAAUCAUCCAUCCAUGAAACCAGUAAAGCAACCGAUGUUAGGACUUCUAGUUGCAAAUUUGGAGGGGAAAAUGGAUUGCAGAAUACCCACUGUUUGAAGAAAUCAGAUGUUUCCUCAAUAGUGAAGGUGAAAUCCAAUCUAGCUUCGAAGAGGCAAAAUGUUCACAAAGGUGUUUUUGAAAGGAUCACGAAGGCGACUUCUGUUCCUCCACUAGCACAAAAAGUUGCAAGAGGAGGAUAUUGCAGUCCUUCAUCAGCUCUUAAACCACUGAAGGCAUCAAGCCAUGUCAACUCUCCAUUGACAACUCCCGGCAAGAGGGCAUCUUCUGGUUCAAAUCAUAUGAAAAUGGAAAAUAAAGCUCAAAAAGUUGCACCAGGGCAACAAAUGAUUCUAUCAAAAAGACCUUGUCUGGAAAAAUCAUCCCCAAAAUCGCCUUCUUUGAGUUCACACACUCCCUUUUCUAAGUCUUCAGGACUCGGCAAGGCCAUAUCUGAUUCUGCUUGUAGAUUUUCUCUCAACCCUCUUAGAAGAAAAAUUGACUCUAGACUGGUUUCUUCUGGUUCACCCUCUCCUCUGAGAAAUUUCCCCGGAAACAAAUUUGAAGGACUAAAUUCUAGCUUUAUUGAUAGAUGGUUCUCUGGGUCACCUGCUUCUAUCAAUCAAAGAUCUAUCAGUUCCACAGAAAGCCUGGAGCGCACUUGUAAGGAGAUUUCUUCUGAUCAUGAUUCUUCGAAAGCAUCGGAUUCUGAGCACCAUAUCUGCGAUCGAAACUGCUUUACACUAGGAGAUCAAGACAAUAGGCCGUUGAAUCAACAUGCCAAGACAAUCUCAGUCCGAAAGAGUUCUGUUCUUGCUAAUAUCUCAUCAAGCAUCAAACCUUCGGGCCUUCGAAUGCCAUCUUCAAACACGGGUUAUUUUGAUGCGCUGCGUUCUGUAGCACUGACACCAAAAAGAGACCUGAAGUUCCAUUCUGGGGUUCACAGCAGUUCUUCUAGAACUGGAAGAGGCAUAGCUGACCACAAUGGAGCAGCAACUAGAACAAUGCGCAGCAAGCUUCAAACCAGUGGAUCGUUAUCAAAGAUUGACUCCCAAAAAACUGGAGAAAAGUGUCAUCCUUUAGGAAUGAAGAAAGAGGGUGUAGACAGACUAAGAACCACAAAUCUUGAAGAUACCAAAUCUCCUCUACGUAUACUUGCUGAUGAUGACAAGGAAAACUUGUGCAGCUUCCAUGAUCAGGUGGAAUAUUUAAGCAAACAUAUUGAGACUAUUAAAUUCAGCCCGGAAUUAGAGAUAUAGCCGAAAGCAGCGAAGGUUCCAUCCCAAUAUGAACUUUUGGCCUCUAUAAUUCUGAAAGCCAUUGUGCUUCAGGAUCUUACAGUUCUCGAUUUUGUUUUUGCAAGGAUUUUUAGAACAUUUUAGCAACUAACCAUCCACAACAAAGUGAGAUUUUACAUUAAUAGUUUCUGCGACCGACAAUCA